AUGACAGAAAAUACCCUCGAGAAGAAACACAUCGCCUUGCCUCCAGAGGAGGGACUCAAAGGUUGGCUAUGCGUCACUGGCGCAUGUCUGACGCUGUUCAGCAGUUUUGGAUUCCUGAAUGCUGUCGGCGUCUUCCAGAAUUACUACCAAGACCAUUCGUUGAAGAACUACACUCCAUCGGACAUCUCCUGGAUUUUCUCUUUCCAGAUUAUGUCGAUGUGGGUCCCAGGCCCCCUUGUUGGAAGACUUGUGGACACUUAUGGGCCUUAUCCUGUCCUCCUUCCUUGCAGUGUCCUCUGCGUCUUUGCACUCUGCAUGACGAGUCUCGCUACCGAAUACUACCAGAUUUUCCUCGCCCAGGGUGUCGCCUUCGGCAUAGGCGCGGGAGGUGUCUUCACAAGUUCGUUCGUCUGUGUUGGACAAUGGUUCGUAAAACGAAGAGGUCUCGCAAUCGGAAUUGCCAGCGUCGGGAGCAGUGUUGGUGGUGUUAUAUUCCCGCUUUUCCUGGAUCAGGUCAUUCACGAGGUCGGAUUCUACGGCGCGAUUCGCUACACAGCUCUGCUGGACGGCGUUGUCCUAGCAGCUGGAUGCUGUCUAGUCAAGUCUCGACUGCCGAAGAAGAAGUGGGAUAAGAAUGCAAAGUGGUUCGAUGUCACGUUGUUCAGGCAUCCAGAGUUCGCGUUGUUUACCCUUGGAUCCUUCUUCGUCAUGUGGGGUCUUUGGGUGCCGUUCGACUUCAUCUCGACUUUCGCAACUUCGCAGGGUUUCUCGUAUGAGCUGGCGUUAUCUUUGAUCUCCAUCAUCAACGCGACUUCGAUACCUGGCCGCAUCUUGCCGCCGUACUUAAGCGACAGGCUUGGCCACUUCAACGUCGUCGUAGCAAGCAGCUUUCUCAUAGGCCUGUCGAUGCUCUGUCUGUGGCUUCCAUUCGACUUUCAUACCUCGCAUGCGGGUGUCAUAGUCUUUUGCCUGGUCUACGGCUUCGUAAGCGGCGCGUUUGUGGCGCUCCUAAUGCCUUGUGUGGCCAAGACUGGUCCCAUCGAGACGAUUGGAAUGCGGUUUGGCAACUUUCAGAUGGUCAUCGGCAUUGCUUGCUUGACUGGUUUGCCAAUUUCCGGAGCGAUUCUUGCACGGCAGGGUGGAAGCGUAUACUGGGGCGCGCAAAGCUUUGCCAUAAUUUCCUCUCUGAUUGGAGCCAUCAUGACUGCAGGGGCAACGAUACUCAUAGGACGUUCUAAAGGCACAUGGAAAGUGUAA